AUGCAUCUCCACCGCACCCUCCUCACCCUCCUCCCAACCCUCCUCCUCACAAGCGCCCAAACCCCAGCAAACCCCAUUCUCGACGCAAUCACCUCCAUCUCGGCACACACAACAACCCUCAACACGACAAUCUCCACCUGGACGGGCUCCCCGCUCACGCUGCUCGCCAUCACCGCCCAAUCCGGGAGCCUCCUCGAGAGCAUCUACGGCGGCACGCACGCAGCCUCUCGCGCGGCGAACCUCACGCUGGACCAGACGCUCGCCGUGGCCUCUGCGACAAUCACGCUCGCCACGGACGUCAACCAGACCAUCACCACGAUCAUCGGCGCCAAGAAGAAGUUUGACAGGUUGAUUGUGGCGGAUCCGGUGGUGCUGCUGAAUUUGAAGCUCGAGAGGGAUGCGGCGAGGGAUUUUGCGGAUAGGGUGGUGGAAAAGGUGCCGGUUGAUUUGCAGGGUGUUGCAAAGGGGUUGACGCAGGGGAUUGAUGAUAGUUUUGCGGAGGGAUUGGCUGCGUAUGAGGUGUUGUGA